AUGUCUUCAUUUUCAGGGCCUUCCAUGGGCUUCAACGAUCCUGAACGUCUGAAAUUAUUAACGGGAAUUCUAGAAUCUAUAAGGUCAUACGAGCUAGCCUCGGACAUCCCCCAAGGAACCCUACAGAUCAGUACACCGAUUUGGUUUGGGAUGUGGCUCGCAGAUAUAUCGGAACUCCAAUGGUAUUCCCGAGAAUUUGAUCGUGAUGUGAUGUCUACGUUGUUGCGACACAACGGGGGGAGCUUCGCAAGAAUUCUUACAAUGUAUCUACCUGGGUCUGGAAUAGGAGGAAAGUUCGCAGCGUCACAACCAGGGACAGGAGCAGUCACCCCAGUACGGAGUAUGGAAAGCUCCUUAGCAAACAGUCCUACGGCAUCUCGUAUAGCGCCAAUUACGACGCCUACAGAAAGUUCCCCAACCCAGCCCGUCGCAAAGAAGCGCAAAUAUGAAGCGAUGGAGCCUCCUAGCUCUCCCAGUAUAUCAAGUAAGAUUAAGAAGGAGAUCAACAGGAAAGACUUGAGUGAGGCUGUGCAGUGCCUUGAUCGGGAUCGAGUUUGUAUCAUCUCCAAGGCGACAGAUCCCUUGCAUGCCGCCCAUAUAAUACCGGCUUCGGUUUGUGACACUACUACACCUACCAAGAAGCUCAAGUUCCUCGAAUUUAAAGCCUUGCUGAGGAUGUUUUGGUCGCAAGAGACAAUCCAGAGAUGGCUCGAAGGCAAGGAGAGUAUCCUCAUGUCAGUAGGAAAUCUAGUAGCUCUGAGUCCCAAUUGUCAUACAUAUUGGGACAGAGCGCUGUUUGGUUUGAUGCCAUUCCGGGUAUCAGAAGACCAUAAGUCCAUGGAAUUGCAUUUUUACUGGCUAUGUGGCAAGGGACUUCCCGCUACCGGCAAUUCCUUGCUCCUGAUCAAUGACAGUGAAGGAAAUUCUACUAUAUCACCAAUAAUGAUGCCUGAAACAAGCCAGAAGGGAGGAAGAGCGCACCAUGUUGAUGUAGCCACUCCUAAUCUGAAACUCUACAAUAACGAUUCAGAUACUGUCAUCUACUCGGGGGAUACCAUUAUUAUCACAACAUCAGAUCCCCAAAAACUACAGCUUCCUGAUGAAGGUCUCUUUGCCCUCCAGUGGACACUCCAUCGGCUGGCUGCAAUGUGCGCUGGUGCAGGCUGGCAGCCAGCCGAUGGAGACGAUGAUGAGGAUGAUGAUAACGAUCUGUGUCUCGAUAAUUCAGUUGAAAUCACUACACCAAUUUCAGAACGGGUUAGCAAAUCUCACUUGAGAGAGGUUAAGAAGUCAUAUUUCCAAAAGGCUAUGGCAGAUGCACUCAGCUCGUGGAAUGUCGACCAUGGCUACUGA